GUGUUGAGGACGCUGGCCGGGACAGAUCACAAGACUUGAGUAUACCUGUGGCUGUAUUGUCCAUCCUUGGCCUGUCUGAUGGAGUAUAAGACAAUCUCAUCUGUGCCUGGUGGUGAUAGUUUUCUUGGAGAUAAGGGUCCUACUGAUGGAUCGUUGAUGGCAGCUGUUCUCCCAUAUGUGAUAAUGAUCAUAGUCCUACCCAUUGGUAGCUUCUUCUUCACUAAGGCCUACGUCUUUGAAGAUCUCUUGUCUUACAGUGAAACCACAUCCAAUGUUUAUGGUGCCAUUUGUGCUGUGGUCAUUUUGCAUAUCCUUCUUGCACUGUUUAUCUUCAAAGCCUUCAAAGAGUCACCAGUUAAGGGCUCAAAGCAAGAUUAAUUUUGUAAGUUGAAUGAUAUAGUACUGUACAUUAAGGACUCUUGUGUACAGUAUAUUUAUACCUGUUAGAUUUCAUAUAUGAAAUGAUCCCGGAUACUCAAGUCACAUUACAGUAUACGUUUAUUUCUAGAUAUUAAUGUUUUAAGAUCCUGUAACAACGAGAAGAACAUAUACCUAUUACAAGUAUUGAAGAAUUGUGUUUUGUGUGACUCUUAUAGAAGUGAUGCUUCUAACUGUUUAACUGUAAUGAAGUUUAAUUUUCUCGUGGUUGAAGUAAUAAAACAGGUUCUAGAGAAUUCACUUAUGAUGAUUUGACUCCUAGUAAUUUCACUCCAUGCUUUUUUGGGGGUGGGCUUCAUAUCUUGACCAUUGGAUGGCAAACUAUGGUUCGACCGUAGCAUAAGAUUUACCAAGUGUCGGAUUUUUUCUUACCAUUGCUUAUUCUGUUUAUAAUUUCUUAGUAAAACAUUGUGAUCAUUAAUAAAUAUACUGUGCUCAGUAAUUGGUAAUACUGUACUGCUUAGGCGAAUUUUUCUCCAAGCAAUGAAUUCAAAUCAUGCACCCCCGGGAGUCAGCUGGGGCAGCCACGUCCCCCUAUCCCUCUUCCUAUCAGGCUGAGGUGUGAGCUAUGUUAUGGUUAUUUUGCAACUCGAAAUUUUAUUUAGAUAUAAAAAAACUUUCUUAAUUUUUUUAUUUUUUUUUACUGUUACAUGUACACUCCCCACAAAAAGUUCUCAAAUGCCUUGAUGGACCAAUGUUGGGCCAUCAAGGCAUUUUCUUCAGUUGCUUCACUGAUUCAACCUCAGGUAAUUUGGACACACUGGGACUGGUUGGUAGAAGCAACUUUUGUGUAGGAUAGUACUUUAUAUAUUUUGUACAGUGUAAUAAUAUUAGGAUACAGUAUUCCCUUAUAAUGUUCUCAGUUAAUAUUAGUUUAAAUGGAUAUUAUUGUUAUACAAAUAAAAUUUAAUAAAGGCACUAAAAUUUAAA